AUGAAUUCUUCUUUUAUAGCUGAGUCCGGAUUUGUGGACCCGGAGCUCAUCGCACCGCACAUUAGACCCAAUGCGGGCAUGCAAAGGGCUACUCGGAUCAGGAUCGAGGCAAAUGCGGCGGGUCACCUAAGGGACGAUAGCCAGGUGGCCCUGCUGGUCGGGCUGCUAUCUCAGCUUUAUGUCCAGGAGUUCAGAGAGGCAGGGUUGACCGAGUCGGUCCACGCAUAUGCAGACGGGCAUGUCGGCAUCAAGGUGGAAGAUAUAAUGGAUAUCCCAGACCUUGCAGAGCAGUGGCAGCCCGAUAUGCUCAUGGACAUUGAAGGGUGGGAUCCGGAAGCGGUUGAGAUGUCGUCUGAAUGUAACGUGGUGCGGUGCGACGGACUCACCAAGAAGGAGAUUUCGCUCCUUCUCACAGUCAUGGGCGGACGGGCUAAGACUACCAAACUCGCGUUCGACCUGGCCAUACCCCGCCUGUGUGAUAAGGUAUAUGUAAACGCGACUAUGAAUCUGGUGUCGGGCGACCCCAUAGCGACCGACGACGUAACAGCCCAGCUGUGCCGGGCGACUCUGGACCGGUACGUUGAUACAAACCGUCUGCAUGCCCAGUUCGAAGUAGCCUUUGCUAUCUUCCACCAGUGUGCAUUGGCGCCAGUGCCGGACAGAGCCGAAGGGAUGGCAUGGUUAAAGCGGAAACGUGAGCUGGUACUACCUGCGUUCAGUGCGUUCAGGGGGCAUUAUCGCACUAUAUUAGCUGGGGAUGCUUACGGGCUGUCUGCCUCUGCAUUGCUCACGUGGCGCUGGUGGAGGAAUGCGGGCAUAUCAACUGCUGUCCAUGGAGGCAUGUACAACGCUGCCAGCCUCUGGGGCCGCUACUUUGUGGAAGCAGAGGACUUUUUCCAGGAUGCGGAUCUGGAGCAAGUCAGGCAACAUAGGAUGUCAGAUGCUCCGGCGGUCGCAUACUACCGCUACGCAUCCAUGAUUACAGGACACAAGGCCUACUGCCCUGUCCCGGCCGGCUUUGGAAUGCGAUACCUCGACUGGAAGGUUAACGACGCACUCACUUUGCCCGUAUCGUUGACCGGCGACAAUCUUCUGGGGUACGACAUCGAGACAUCGGAGGACGGGUCUCUAUUGCAUGUACGCCACAUCCCUCCGCCGGCAUCACACAUACACGUGCUAGCCAGGCUACCGCGCGACGGGGCUUUCAAGUCCUUGUCCGACAAAUUCAGCCUUACAAUCACGGCGAGGCAGGAAGGCUGGACGGUGCCCAGCGUAAUGGAGGCCUGGGGACUAGGGAUGGCUUUGGGAUGGCUCGGUUAUGACGCUGAAAUGUCAUAUCGCGGAGAGACUCGAAUCGGGAACUGGGUGAGCAACCAGUCCCAGAUAGCAGCGAAACCUUUCAGCAUCUCGGGCCCUGACGUGGAGGCAGUGAAGGUAUUAAGUAUUGAGCACAUGCGCCAGCACUCCUUACUGCCGGGGUUGAACGAGAAAGUAUCCCGUUGGAACGUGGAGGUCGCAGUAGAGGGCUUCUCUAUACGAGGCCUCUCCAUGGGCACGGUGGCCCUAAUAGGUGCCUUCAAAGCAACCAAGAGCAACAGGGUAGACGUCAUUUCAUCGGAAGUGGGGGACAUAGUCUACUUGCCCGUUACCUACGAGACCGUGCACCGAGGCAUUACUACGCGCUAGGGUUUUCAACCAUCCGUUGGGCCACCCGCAGCAGUUCCUCCGACUGGGGCAGUGCACCCCGUCGAGAUCGCCGACCCGUCGGACGAGACGCAGGGCACAGACGACGUCUAAAGGACUGUCCGAACCCCCCGGCCCCGCUGUUGGUUGGCGCUGCACACAAGGGCUGCAUAGUGGCAGGGCCUACGACGCCCAACUCGCGCUGGUGCAGACUGCUGAGGGGGAAACGAAGAUGUGUGGCACAUACGGUUAUGUCAACGUUCGGGGUGAGGUGGUUGUGUGCGUCAAGAUCAUCUGGAAGGGAAACCCCCCUCUACUACGUGCUGUUAGACACAGUAGCAGCGGCGACGUCGAUAUGCGCUCAGCUGUGCGGUAUAGCUUUAUUAGCAGAGGACAAUUACGCAUAAGCAGCUCUGAGCGCCGAGGUGUUGUGCGAGACGCGCAAAGGACUCUGCGUCGCACCGCACUAGAACUGGGGCGCUACAAAUCUUUUUUUCUUUUGCGCAGCCCCCGUCCGCUUUCUGAUAUCAACGUAGAGCGUAGCGCGAGGAAGCGCCAACUCCUGCCUUGAAUGUAAAGGAGGGGGGGAAGGCGGCAUUUUUGUGCAAACAGCUGUAGAGGGUGAAUGUACAGUUGUGACAGAUCCAAGUGAAACCUAUUACACGUCGUACAACAUACGUCAACUGCCACCGACAUUGAUUGCCACCGGCAUGGAUACCGAACGGGCGGAGAACCGACAGAGAAAUGCAAAGCUACAGAAAGACGAAGUCGAAGAAAGUCUUCGACUUCGGAGUGUCGAGCAGUGGCUACACGAUCACUCAGCACUAUGCGCCCAUUGCAAUUAGUACGUAGACUAGUGCAAGAAGUUAUCAGCAACGGCUAUGAUAGAGAGAGCGAGCAUCAGAGGGGUAGCGAGCAACCCAGGCAGAGCUACAUAAGCUAGCACGGUAGACUAGAUGAUAGAAAGAAAAGGGGAUUGAGAGCGA